GUUGUGUUAAAUGUCUCUCUUCCUCCGGAAAUUGUCCGUCUUUUAAAUGUCGUUUCAAGACAAACUUCAAGCUCACGUCUCAAGAUUAGACAAAGAACUAAGUCAAUAUUCAUAUUUAAAUCAGUUUGAACGACAAUGGGGCAUUAAAAAAGUUUAUGCGGUUGGUGCUGUAAUAGGACUUUAUUUUUUCCUUAUUUUUAUUAAUGUUGGCGGUCGUUUUUUAUCCAAUAUAUUAGGUUGCAUAAUUCCUAUGUAUUAUUCAGUCUUGGCUAUUGAAUCCUCGAAUAAGGCUAACAAUAUACAAUGGCUUUCAUACUGGGUUAUCUAUGGAUUUUUGAUUUUAAUAGAGCAUUAUGAGCAAUCAUUGCUUUAUUGGCUUCCGUUUUAUUAUUUUUUCAAGUCGAUUUUUAUUCUUUAUUUAUCACUUCCUCAGUUUAAUGGUGCACAAACUAUAUAUUGGACGUUUUUUCAUCCGAUUUUUAUAAAGUAUUGUUCAAAAGCGACUUCUACAACGACACUGGUAUCAACGGGGGCACCGACACCAACACCAACGCCGGCAACGACACUUAAUGUGUCAGAGGUUAAGGAAGAAGUGACUGCUGCUCUUGAUUCAGAAUUGCAUCCUCAUUCUCAAUGAUAUAAAGGUUUUGUUUAUUUUUAUUUAUAGAACCUUUUUUAA